UUGAAUCAGCUCAAGCUAAUGAAGCAAUGCAAGGAUAAUGCUUCAGUUCAUUUAUUGAGGAUGCAGGCAUGUCAAAAGAUUCGCUAUAAGUACUAAGCAAAAGAAACAACAGGCACGUCAGAUUUGAAACAAUCCACGUGCGGAAGAAAAUUAAGGCCGCAGUGCGAACUGACACUAUUCACUUUUUCGUUUUCACCCUAAACUGACAUGUCGGAUACUGAGAUAGAAUUGAAGUGGAAAGGUCACAAAUACGACGUCAAUUUCGAUGAAUUCCCUAAUGGACUAGAACAGGCGACGUUGGGAGAUCUAAAGGAGAAAUGCAAGAAGAUUACCGGAGUUCCUGUGAAUGCCAUGAAGCUGCUGGCAUCUGGUGCUGUUAUGAAGGACGACUCAUCACCUUUAUCUUUAUACGGACUGCGGGCGGGUUCCAAGAUAUUGAUGCUGGGUCAGAGACCGAAUCAGACAGAACAGACAGCGUCAGGUAAUCCUGAGGAAGCUAGUCUUGUUACGCGUAUCCAGCAUAUCAUGCAGGAGGUGAAUCAUGACUUUGGCACAAAAAUGAAGGAAUACGAGCAAGAGGUUGGCCGAUUUUUGUCGUCUGGACAGCAAGAUCCUAAGACUAAAAAGAAGUUACAAGACACCGGAGCGUACCUCUCUGAGAAAUUAAUGCAAGCCCUCUUUGCGUUGGAUGGAAUUCAAUGCCAACCUGGAUUCCAUACUGCACGACAAAAGCGAAAGGAGAGCGUCAAUUUUGCACAAGACCUACACGACCGCGUUGAUCAAAUCAAGGGUCUGUUGAAGACAGCUAGUUUGUAAAACCCCAACAUUCAUUAAUACUGUAUAGAAUCAACAUCAGCUUAUAGACGGUAUCGAUGGCCGAAAAUUUUAAACAUUGAGAUUCUAGAACGAGUCGUGGUGUACAAUAAAUAUGAACAAAGAAUUUUAAGCGUCAUCAAGAUGAAGGUUAUCGUUAACACGGUAUGGGUGGCCGACAUUUUGAAUCAUUGGAUUUUAAACCAGUCGUGAUGUACAAUAAAAUAGGAACGACCGUCAUUAUGUUCCAAUGAGUUAUCACCCGCUAGGGUUGUACACGGUAAGCAUGGCCGAAAAUUUCCCAAAUAUGAAGGAAAUCAUGAUGGCUCAUCAG